ACAACACGCCCGAAUUUCCUGGGCCCGUGGUUACCAGCCGUCGUUGAAUUUUGACGGCUGAGGUCAUGCCAUCCAUGCCGGGCAUGUCUUGGAAGCCCUUGGUCGCGGUGGCGGCGGGGGCGGCGGCCGUUUUGGUGAUGCUGAUGCUCUUGGUGAAGGAAGAAGAAGAGGAGGAAUCUGGACAGAAGCAGGACCAGAAAAAGGUCUUGCAUGAAAUCCUCAAAGAACUUGUAGACGUGGAAGACUGUGCCAAACGCGCUGUGGACGCAAUGGUCAAGGAGCAGAUGGACGGCAAGGAGUUGGCGUUUGAUGAGGCCUAUGAGCGGGUCGCAAAGUUAGACUUGUACGAUCCAUUGGAGAAACGAAGGAUGGGCGUCCAGGAGUUUGAGGCCAUGGCAAUGUCAGGGCAAGACGAUCCGUUCGUGAUGGAGCAAAUGGCCAGAUUAUCAGGUGGAGCAGCCCUGGAAACUGGUCGAGUGCAACAUCUGGAUGUGCCCAAAAUCAUUGAGCUGAAGGGAUUUGCAGUGGAUGAGCUUGCGCGAGAAGUGAUGGAAUUCAUGAAGAAACCGGGCGCGUCACAAAAGGACUUCAAGAAUGUGACCAUCGCAUUGAAGGCGUUGGUGCAUGCGAAGGUGGAGAAGACGCACGGCGUGUCGGCCGAAGAUGUGGAGGCGGCCUGCAUGAUGAGGCAAGGUGAGCUCUUCACCAAUCAAGCUUUUUUGGAGGUCAUCAGGAAACAACAGCAAACGAUGCAGCUUUUGGUGAGCAGUACCAUGUCGCAGAUGUCGCAGCCCGCUGAUCCCGGGGGCGAUCUCGACUGAUCCCAGCGAAAAGACAUCCAUGUUGUGUGGAUAUGAUAUACCCUCUGGUCAUUUAACCUAGCCAUGGAAAAUUGCCC